UUAUUUCUGGUGAUGAAAUUUUCAAAGGUUUUAACAAUUAGGACGUUCUAAUUCAUGACCUGUGAUUGUGAAGUGAAAUAGACAUGACUUUCAUUUUAAUAGAUCUAUCAGUGAAGUUGAAAUGUCAAACACUGAAAAUUUGAUGUUCUCUUUGGAAUGAAAAGUUUUAAGCAUAUAAAAGGAAUACUAGAUCUACCUGUGGUUCGUCAAGCUUAUUCUACAAAUCUUACCAAGAUGCCGGCAUUACAACCAAAGAAGUUGAAAGGUCGGAUGUUCUCGGUGCAGGCUGCAUUACCUAAAUAUCCUGUAGCGCCGCUGGAACAGACACUGAAAAAGUACCUGAAAUCUCUAGAACCACUUCUUACUGAGGACGAGUAUAGGCAUACAGAAAAGCUUUGCAAAGAGUUUGAAAAUGGAGUAGGAAAGACGUUGCAGGCUAAACUGAUAGAAAGGGCGGAAAAGCACGAUAAUUGGUUAUCAGACUGGUGGAAGAGUGUAGCUUACCUGGGAUUUAGGGAACCAGUCGUGAUCAAUUCAAACCCAGGAGUACUAUUCCCUAAAGCAGACUUUUCUGGUACCCAGGGACAAAUAGAGUAUGCUUCCAAACUGAUUGCUGGUCUCCUUGACUACAAGGUCAUGAUAGAUGAUCAGACGUUACCAGUGGAGCAUCUUGGGAAGAACCCACUAUGCAUGAUGCAGUACUUCCAGGUGCUGGCAGCAUGUAGGAUACCCCUGGAGAAACAUGAUGACUGGGCGUGCUACCCUCCUGACCGUCCAGGAGCACCGAAACACAUCACUGUCAUCUAUAACAAUAAUAUAUUUGAGGUGCCUGUGUAUGGUGAUGAUGGGAAUCCACUUACAAUAUCUCAGGUUAGGAACCAGCUGUUAGAGGUUGUGAAUCAAGGGUCAACACCAGGGGAACCAAUAGGGCUGUUUACUAUGGAACACAGGGAUAACUGGUCCAGUGUUUAUAAGAAAAUGAUCCAAGAUAAAACAAAUAAAGCCUCGUUUGACUCAGUCCAGCGCAGUAUCAUAGUUUUAUGCCUGGACCAGUCAAACGAUUUUGGGAAUGAUCCACGCACUGUUAGUGGACAUCAAAUGCUACAUGGUGGAGGACCCUCCUUGCAUUCUGGCAACAGGUGGUUUGAUAAAACAAUACAGUUUAUAGUAGGAGCUGAUGGUUACAGUGGGUUGAAUUAUGAACACACCACAGCAGAGGGACCACCAAUCAUACAUGUUAUGGACCAUUGUUUAAACUUUUUGGCUAAUGGUAAAGAAUGGAGCCCGGCAUCUGAUGUAAAACCACCUACAAAAUUACAGUUUAAUCUCACAAAUGAUGUUAGUAAAAGUCUUACACUAGCCAAGGAAAACUCAGCCAGGAUGGUUAAUGACCUUGACCUGAAAGUCUUUGUGUUUGAUGAGUUUGGUAAGAAUUUCCCCAAGUCACAGAAAGUCAGCCCUGACAGUUUUAUACAAAAUGCAAUACAGCUCGCAUAUUAUAGGCACCACAGAAAGACGUGUGGAUCUUACGAGUCUGCCUCGAUAAGAAUGUUCCAGCAAGGACGGACCGAAACUAUCCGGUCUUGUUCAACAGAAUCGUUUGAGUUUACUAAAGCAAUGAUGGACAGUAAUACAAGUAAACAGAAGAAGGCGGAGCUACUGAGACGUGCAAUUAAUAGUCAUAAACAAUAUACCAAUGACGCAAUCUCAGGGAAAGGUAUAGACAGACAUUUGUUAGGACUAAGGUUAACUGCUUUAGAAAACAACAUGGAGAUGCCAGAACUGUUUAAAGAUAAAGCAUACACUUUCAGUGGUUCAUGGAGAAUUUCAACUAGUCAGGUACCAGCCAAAUCUGAGUCGGUGUUAUUUUUCGGUCCAGUUAUGCCGGACGGUUAUGGAUUCUGCUACAACCCUCAGGAGAAGUGUAUUCUAUUUGGAAGUGUCCUCUUCAAAGAGUAA